GAUUUGCAGACGACGGUUUCAUUUCGGGACAUGUCGUUUUUAUGACCAUUCUACUAUGGCGGAGAACGACACUUUCUGCUCAACACGAGUUGCUGCUGACAUCAUGUGUGAAUUCAUGGAGGUAGCCAUACACACUGUCCUCUAUAUGAGGGGAAUAUAUCCAAGCAGGGUGUUCUCCAAACGCAAGAAAUACAAUGUUCCAGUGCAGAUCUGCCAACAUCCAGAUGUCCUUAAAUAUGUGGAAAACAUUGUUGAGGGAAUGAAGUGUUUACUCUCAGAGAAUGAAAUGGAGAAGGUCGUUAUCGUUGUGACGGGAGAGAAACAGAAACCACUGGAGAGAUUUGUCUUUGACAUAGCACCUUCAGGUCAAGCUGGUACACAAUCUGACAAGUACUUAUUUCGUCUUGAAAGUUCCUUGCGAGGUUUUCUCCUCAAACUAAAUGUAUGUGAUGCCAUGCUGACCCCAGCGUCCCAAGAGAAAACUUGGACAGUUCAUAUUCACACCAAGGAAUCAGCUGCAGCCAAGCUGGAACAAAAGGCGCUCACCCAGAAUUUUCCCUGGGUUGAAGUUGAUGAGGAUCAGCUGACUCUGCAGAAGCCAAAUUUAGUGCCUUUGAAGGCGACAACCUCAGAUCUGAUAAAAAUGCAGUUGUAUGUAGAAGAGGCCAGUAACAAGGUAGAGGCCAGUAACAAGGACACGGGCUGACAGCAGUGCAGUCUUCAGACUCAUCUUAUCUAUAUAUGUCAUAAUGUGUGUACAAAUCAAAUGCAGUUGGAAAUAAAC